AUGGCCGAGCUUUAUGACGCCGCCACCCAACAUGGCCCGCAGGAUAUUGAAGAACUACCUCCUUCGGUUAAAGUAUAUCACUAUAAGGGUAUGGAUGACUUUUGUCGAGUCGUCUCACUUGAGCAUAAUCGUCUCUAUAGCUCUUCCCGCGCUGCACAAUGUACAAGAGCACGUGCCAUGGGUGAAAUUUGCGAAGGACGGCACAACCAUCUGAUUACGCUGCCACAGACGGACGGCACCCAGAGCGAUCACAUUAUUUUUAUCAUUCAGCCUUCGACUUUCAUACAAGAUUUCCUUAACCCAAUAACAGGUCAUCGAUUUCAUGGCAGGAUAUCUUUCAGUCCGAAAACAAACAUCCUUGUCUUGAAGAUGGCUCUCCCAGACCACAGUCAGGCCACACUGGCUUUUGAAGACACGCUCAAAAUGGCACUUCAGCAAAUAGACCUACAUCACGCGAUUUUCUCAUGGGGAAACGCGAGAUUGACCGGCGGAGAUGGCACAAUUAAGGAGGCAGAUGGGGGAUGGAGUCCACGAAGACCACCUCGCGGAGCUCCUAAGAGACCCUCGGUGGUUUUAGAAAUUGCAUCGUCAGAGACUUCGGCAAAACUUCGCCGCGAUGCCCACUACUGGGUAGAUCCAGCAAGAGGGCAGGCCAACAUGGCUAUCGGUGUCAAAGUCUUUUCCACAAACCCCCAGAUCACCAUCGAGCAGUGGGAGUGGAACUCUCAGCACUUCCGAGCCAUCCAAAAAGCAUGCUUGACCAUAACGAAAUUCGAUGGUAAAAUCCGCUUUGAUCCAGACCAGCCUACACCACAGCUGCUCAUCCCCUUUCACCUUCUAUUCCGACGGGCAGCGGAGAAUAAUAGAGAACGCGACAUAGUGUUUCCGACACAAGACCUCGUCGAAUUCGCUACUGUGGUGUGGGAAAUGCAAUCUGAGAAUUUACAUGCAUGA